AUGGCGGCGACGCUGGCGAGGAGGGCGGGGCGCUCCGCGGCGGCGGCGCUAUGGGGCGCGGCGAGGGGCUUCGCGUCGGUGGGGUCCGACAUCGUCUCAGCCGCGCCCGGCGUAUCGCUGCAGAAAGCGCGGUCCUGGGACGAGGGCGUCGCCACCAAGUUCUCCACCACGCCUCUCAAGGACAUCUUCUACGGGAAGAAGGUGGUCAUCUUCGGCUUGCCCGGUGCAUAUACAGGGGUUUGUUCACAAGCGCAUGUUCCUAGUUACAAGAACAAUAUUGACAAGUUGAAAGCAAAAGGGAUCGACUCUGUUAUCUGUGUAGCUGUGAAUGAUCCGUAUGUCCUGAAUGGAUGGGCAGAAAAGCUAGAGGCUAAAGAUGCAAUUGAGUUCUACGGUGACUUUGAUGGGAGUUUCCACAAAAGCUUGGAUUUGGAGAUAGACCUUUCUACUGCUUUGCUAGGCCGCCGUUCUCACAGGUGGUCUGCUUUUGUUGACAAUGGUAAGAUCAAGGCUUUCAAUGUUGAGGAAGCACCAUCCGACUUCAAGGUUUCUGGUGCAGAGGUGAUCCUGGACCAGAUCUGA